GAGUACAAGAGGAGCGACUUCGUCUGCAUUCCAGCCCAGCCAAUCAAAUUCCGGCAGAUGUCUUGGCGGGUGUCUCCAUGAGUCAAUUUGUUUCAGGCUCUAAAGCAGCUUCGUCCAUGGCUACAGGAGCUGCCUCGUUUUCGGCAGCUGCUUUGUCCCCUUGUUCCUCCAGCUCUCCUGUUUCUUGCUCUCCUCCCGAGUCUGCAGGUAAAUCAUUGGCUCCGAGAGCUCCGGCAAUGACGAUAACUUCUGAGAUGGAGGUAGCUCCUUUAAGUUCUGUGGUGCAGAACACAACGUCUGUUCAGGAGACUCGGGGCAACCUUCCUGCCAAUCUGAACGACCCUCCCCUUUUGGCUAAAUCUUCGCUGGCUCGAUUAUUGGCCGCUGAGAUC